AUGCGCUUCACUGCCCACACGCCCCCCCGCCCCGCACCCUCCCCCUCCCUGUACGCAUCCCCUGCUUUCUCUGCCAACACUCCCCCCUCCUCUCCCGCUUCCCGCUUCCCCUUCCCCCUUCCCGCUUCCCCCCUCCCCUUUCCCGCUUCCCUCUCCCCCUCUUCCAUUCCCACCGUCGCUCUCCGCCUCGCUCCUCUCCUCACUCUUUCCCCCUCCUUGCCUCUUUCCCCCUCCUUGCCUCUUUCCCCUCCUUGCCUCUUUCCCCUCCUUGCCUCUUUCCCCCUCCUUGCCUCUUUCCCCCUCCUUGCCUCUUUCCCCCUCCUUGCCUCUUUCCCCCUCCUUGCCUCUUUCCCCCUCCUUGCCUCUUUCCCCCUCCUUGCCUCUUUCCCCUCCUUGCCUCUUUCCCCCUCCUUGCCUCUUUCCCCCUCCUUGCCUCUUUCCCCCUCCUUGCCUCUUUCCCCCUCCUUGCCUCUUUCCCCCUCCUUGCCUCUUUCCCCCUCCUUGCCUCUUUCCCCCUCCUUGCCUCUUUCCCCCCCUUGCCUCUUUCCCCCUCCUUGCCUCUUUCCCCCUCUUGCCUCUUUCCCUCCUUGCCUCUUUCCCCCUCCUUGCCUCUUUCCCCCUCCUGCCUCUUUCCCCCUCCUUGCCUCUUUCCCCUCCUUGCCUCUUUCCCCUCCUUGCCUCUUUCCCCCUCCUUGCCUCUUUCCCCCUCCUUGCCUUUUCCCUCCUUGCCUCUUUCCCCUCCUUGCCUCUUUCCCCCUCCUUGCCUCUUUCCCCCUCCUUGCCUCUUUCCCCCUCCUUGCCUCUUUCCCCCUCCUUGCCUCUUCCCCCUCCUUGCCUCUUUCCCCCUCCUUGCCUCUUUCCCCCUCCUUGCCUCUUUCCCCCUCUUGCCUCUUUCCCCUCCUUGCCUCUUUCCCCCUCCUUGCCUCUUUCCCCCUCCUUCUCUUUCCCCCUCCUUGCCUCUUUCCCCCUCCUUGCCUCUUUCCCCCUCCUUGCCUCUUUCCCCUCCUUGCCUCUUUCCCCUCCUUGCCUCUUUCCCCCUCCUUGCCUCUUUCCCCCUCCUUGCCUCUUUCCCCUCCUUGCCUCUUUCCCCUCCUUGCCUCUUUCCCCCUCCUUGCCUCUUUCCCCCUCCUUGCCUCUUUCCCCCUCCUUGCCUCUUUCCCCCUCCUUGCCUCUUUCCCCCUCCUUGCCUCUUUCCCCCUCCUUGCUCUUUCCCCUCCUUGCCUCUUUCCCCCUCCUUGCCUCUUUCCCCCUCCUUGCCUCUUCCCCCUCCUUGCCUCUUUCCCCCUCCUUGCCUCUUUCCCCCUCCUUGCCUCUUCCCCCUCCUUGCCUCUUUCCCCUCCUUGCCUCUUCCCCCUCCUUGCCUCUUUCCCCCUCCUUGCCUCUUUCCCCCUCCUUGCCUCUUUCCCCUCCUUGCCUCUUUCCCCCUCCUUGCCUCUUUCCCCUCCUUGCCUCUUUCCCCCUCCUUGCCUCUUUCCCCCUCCUUGCCUCUUUCCCCCUCCUUGCCUCUUUCCCCCUCCUUGCCUCUUUCCCCUCCUUGCCUCUUUCCCCCUCCUUGCCUCUUUCCCCUCCUUGCCUCUUUCCCCUCCUUGCCUCUUUCCCCCUCCUUGCCUCUUUCCCCCUCCUUGCCUCUUCCCCCUCCUUGCCUCUUUCCCCCUCCUUGCCUCUUUCCCCCUCCUUGCCUCUUUCCCCUCCUUGCCUCUUUCCCCCUCCUUGCCUCUUUCCCCCUCCUUGCCUUUCCCCCUCCUUGCCUCUUCCCCCUCCUUGCCUCUUUCCCCCUCCUUGCCUCUUCCCCCUCUUGCCUCUUUCCCCCUCCUUGCCUCUUUCCCCCUCCUUGCCUCUUUCCCCCUCCUUGCCUCUUUCCCCCUCCUUGCCUCUUUCCCCCUCCUUGCCUCUUUCCCCCUCCUUGCCUCUUUCCCCCUCCUUGCCUCUUUCCCCCUCCUUGCCUCUUUCCCCCUCCUUGCCUCUUUCCCCCUCCUUGCCUCUUUCCCCCUCCUUGCCUCUUUCCCCUCCUUGCCUCUUUCCCCCUCCUUGCCUCUUUCCCCCUCCUUGCCUCUUUCCCCCUCCUUGCCUCUUUCCCCCUCCUUGCCUCUUUCCCCUCCUUGCCUCUUUCCCCCUCCUUGCCUCUUUCCCCCUCCUUGCCUCUUUCCCCUCCUUGCCUCUUUCCCUCCUUGCCUCUUUCCCCCUCCUUGCCUCUUUCCCCCUCCUUGCCUUUCCCCCUCCUUGCCUCUUUCCCCUCCUUGCCUCUUUCCCCUCCUUGCCUCUUUCCCCCUCCUUGCCUCUUUCCCCCUCCUUGCCUCUUUCCCCUCCUUGCCUCUUUCCCCCUCCUUGCCUCUUUCCCCCUCCUUGCCUCUUCCCCCUCCUUGCCUCUUUCCCCCUCCUUGCCUCUUUCCCCCUCCUUGCCUCUUUCCCCCUCCUUGCCUCUUUCCCCCUCCUUGCCUCUUUCCCCCUCCUUGCCUCUUUCCCCUCUUGCCUCUUUCCCCCUCCUUGCCUCUUUCCCCCUCCUUGCCUCUUUCCCCCUCCUUGCCUCUUUCCCCCUCCUUGCCUCUUUCCCCCUCCUUGCCUCUUUCCCCCUCCUUGCCUCUUUCCCCCUCCUUGCCUCUUCCCCCUCCUUGCCUCUUUCCCCCUCCUUGCCUCUUUCCCCCUCCUUGCCUCUUUCCCCCUCCUUGCCUCUUUCCCCCUCCUUGCCUCUUUCCCCCUCCUUGCCUCUUUCCCCCUCCUUGCCUCUUUCCCCCUCCUUGCCUCUUUCCCCCUCCUUGCCUUUCCCCCCUCCUUGCCCUUUUCCCCCUCCACCUCCCCCGUCCACUCCCCCCAUUCCCCCUGUACACGUCACUCCACCUGCCUCCCCCCACCCUCCGCCCCUCUGCCCACCCAUUGGUGGCCCUGAUGACGUCAGCAAGGGGAAUGUGA